AUGGAUCCGUCCGGGAUCAUCGGCAUCAUCGGCGUGGCAGGCCAAAUUCUCGCGACAUGUACCAAGCUCGGCUUGAACUGGCGAGACGCCACAGACGAUGCCAAGAAGUUCAAGAGCGAGGUAGACGCCUUGCACAAGACUCUUUGGGAAACGUACAACCACCUCAUCCAGAAUUCAGAUUUCAUAUCCGCCUUUGACGGCAAACAUUCUGCGGUCUUGUCAAAUUUGGUCGCACCAUCAAACUCAGACGACUCGGCUCUGCUCUUCACUUGCAAAGAAGAGCUAGAAGAUGUGCUCAAAAGCCUUCAGAAGCGACUUGGCGGGAGUCGCUUCGGAUGGGAGCGACUAAAGGCGACAUUUUCUAACGAAAAGACACAGUCGGCAAUCGAAAAUGUGCAGCGGCGAUGUCAAGAUAUCAACAGCAAAAUCUUGAUCGACAACACUACACUUGCUGUCAAUACCGAUCUUGAGGUCCGAUCUACACGCAAAGAACUUACCGAAAGGCAUCUUGAUGAAAAGAAGAAGAAGAUUCUCGACUGGAUCACACCGAUAGACUUUGCAGCACAGCAGAUUGAUAACCUCGAGAGAAGACAAGAGGGAACUGGACAGUGGCUUAUUGACUCUCCAGAAUUUCAGACUUGGAUCGAAGAAGAUCGAAAGACACUUUUUUGCCCUGGUAUGCCAGGCGCCGGGAAGACCAUGCUCUCUUCAAUCGUCAUUGAGCACCUCCAAGAUCGGUUUGAUCAGGAUUCAACAAUUGGAAUCGCCUACAUAUUUUGCAAUUUCCGACGACACGAAGAGCAAAAGCCUCGAGAACUACUCUCCAGUAUCCUGAAGCAGCUUUAUUGGUACAUGCCGGCAGGACUCAAUGAAAUCGAGAAAGCAUACGAGAAACAUCAGUACGGCUCAUCUCCGAUGUCAACGGAUGAAAUCAUGGAGUGGCUUCGUUCUGUGACGUCCUAUCUCACCAAGAUUUAUGUACUCGUCGACGCAUUAGAUGAAUGUCGCGGAGAUGGUGGGUAUCGAGAUACAUUUCUUACGAUGAUACUGGGGCUCCACGAGACUGCCAACGUCAAUAUCUUCGCGACAUCAAGGUACAUACCAGAGAUUGAGAGCUACUUUGACGACGCUCAAUCAAUCGAAAUUCGGGCCAGUGAUGGAGACGUGAUGAAAUUCCUGAAUGGUCACAUGUACAAGCUUCCAAAAGCUGUGACGAAGAACAAGGAACUACAAGGCGAAAUCAAGCACAAGAUCGUUCAGGCUGUGCAAGGAAUGUUUCUACUAGCACAACUCCACUUGGAUUCAUUGCAAGGCAAACGCUCGGUAAAAGCCAUCAAAGACGCCCUCAGAAAGCUUGCGACUGGGUCUUCAGCUUAUGAUAGUGCCUAUGAAGAGGCCAUGGAGCGCAUCGAAGGACAGCUCGACGAACAGAAGACACUCGCCAAAGACGCGUUGUCCUGGAUCGUGUGCGCCAGGCGACCACUCGAGACAUUGGAAUUACAACACGCUCUUGCUGUCGAGAGGGGCACAACUGAACUAGAUGAAGACAAUAUUACCGAGCUGGAAGAUAUUGUGUCAGUCUGUGCUGGACUAGUCACUAUCGAUGAAGAGAGUGGGGUUAUUCGUCUCGUUCACUACACCACCCAGGAGUACUUCGAGAGGACCGCGGAACAGUGGUUGCCUAGGCAUUAG